UCUUCACAGCUGUCUUUAAUGUUAGCCAGCUAGACCACUGCUCUCUGUCACAUUACUGUCACGAUCUUCGAAAUAACGGUCAAAUGAGAAACCCCAUCACUAUAUAGUCCAACGGUCGGAACGCCAUACGGCUUAAUCACACUCAGCUGUGUCCAAAUACAUUGUUCGAGUCUCUUCUUUAACCAUUUUACUCUCAAAGACGACAACGUUUCUCUGUCUUCAUGGCCACGGAUCAAGAAAAUCUACUCUCAGAUGAUUACCAAGAAACGGCGGCAUUUUGCGGGUGUGGGUAUCUCUGUAACUUCUGGUGGAAAAGAAGAGGAGAUGGUGGCUGGAGCGGUAACUUGCAGGAAGAGAAAGGAGAGAGUUGGUGGAGCAGGACACUGAAGGGGCCAAAAGAGAUUUCUGAGAAACUUGCGGGGCCAAAAUGGAAAAACUUCAUAAGAAGUUUUAGCAGUGGAAAGAAGAAGAUCAGAAGAGAUGUGGAUUUCACGUACGAUCUCAAAAACUACAGUCUUAAUUUUGACGACGGCGGCGCCGGCGAAAGUCCUUCACCGGAGAGAUAUGUAGCUCCUCCGGCUGUUGUAAAAGUUUGAUAUAUUUAUCUCUCCUUUUUUGUAUUAUUUUUAUUGAUCGUGUUAUAAAUGUUAAUACCAAACAUAGAGAAAGUGGUUAUAAAAUAAUUUAGGCGUUACUUGUUGUUCAAUCGCCACUCUCCAAGUUAGAUUAUGUCUAGUGUUUUCUACCUGUAAGCAUCUCCAACCCAUGACACUAUUUUUGUGUCAAAACCACACUAUUUAAGUGUAAUUUUAGUACUAAAAAA